AUGUCAGUCCUAUCCUUGUCGAAGCUAGCCCCAGAUUACGCUAAAAUGGGUUCAUCCGCACCGAGCACAUCAGAAGGCUCGUUGAACUCAUACGUUUCGCACAUAGCCCAUUUCUUUCAACACAUAAAUAAGCUACCUUGGGUGGCAGACUCUCGUGUCACAGUGGACUAUUACCCAGGACAGUCCCCACGUUGUGCACGUUCUCGAUCUCCUCACAGAAAAGAAGUUCUAUCGUGGUACAACCGACACGCGUUUCCACCUGGUCAAAACGCAGAGCCUUUGGAUUUGGAUGCUGAAUCGUCGCCAUCGCCAGUUUUAGGACAGGUUGUGCAAAUGAUUGAGGCUCAACCUUCGGUGAUUACGAAAGAACCUACUAAGAAUGUAAUUCAGCCUUUGAUUCUACCCACUGUUCCUGUUCCAGAAUCUCAGAUUGAAUCCGGUCCUACAUAUUUUGCCGAGCUCAUUCCUCCCCCGCCCCCUCGUUCAGACACACAACAAUCUGCACGCACUGGGAGGUCGAUCGUUUACUCCGUUGUAAACCCCUCCGCUCCGUCUACUUCUACAACAACAACUUCUUCUUCUUCUCCCCUCACCGAGCCCCCGCGCCAUCUAGGAAUUGACACCAUGACCGCUUUGGCACAGAGCAUUACCGGUUAUACGCCGUAUCAACCUGUCGCACCUCAGUAUGGCCGCCCCAUUCAUGAACCUUUGGCUCAGGUUCCAGUGGCAUCCUCUGUGAUUUUCACGGGUGAUAUACGCGAAGUAAAACCUGCUCAUACUAGAACCGGCACACCUGCACAGUCCAUGUAUCCGUACCCGUUGUAUGCGCUCCCUACCACUGAGUAUUUGACUCUACAUCUAUGCACACCUCUGUUGCUACCACGUAAUCAAGGCCUGUACGUCUUGACAACGUCCUUUCACACUUCUACCCAAUCUCAAUCACCAUCAUCUGAAAUGGACGCUUUCAACACCUUCACUACCUCCGCCGCUGUCGAGGAUGUCGUUGUCGAAAUUCCCCGUGACGAGGAAGACUCUGGCUCCAGUGCCAAUUCCUCCUAUAUUCUUCAGAACCUCAGAACCCGGGUUCUUUGUUGGUUGUCUCCGAACAUACUUGUAUUGUACUUCAUCCUAUAA